AUGAAGGGGCCAGGUGGAGGGCCGCAAGUGCGAUUUCGCAAUGGCCCGGCCGAUGUCUUCCGGGAAUGGCAUGCAGAAGCCAAGAUUGACCGACAGCAACAACGUUAUUGUUUGUCCGGCGCGCAGGCUAUCAGAAGACGCACGCUUUACCGCCUCCGCGCCAUCAUGUGGCCGUGGAACAAUAUCAAGAUGCUUCAAUGGUGUGGAACUCUGAGAGCACGCAGCAUGUGUGCGCUUCGCCCUCCAGAGCACGGCAUGUCUACGCAGUAUGAGCCGUACGCCACUAUUACCAGCUGCGUGGGAUGGACACAUGCGGGGGAUAUCCAAAGCAGGCUAUCAGACUGA